AAGGAAGUCGCUCGCGCGCCCUGCAGCACCACUCCCCGGCACCCGGACAUGCGGCGCCACGCGCGGCCCCUGGGCAUGCUGGCAGCCGUGGCCAAGGGACUCUUCCUCCUCUGGGCCGUGCCAGCGCGGAGCACGCAGCCCCCGACCCUGCAGCAGAUCCACGCACUGGUGCGGCACAUGGCUGAGGACGCGCGGGAGCUCUUCCUCUUCUACGAGCAGGACCAGCGCCUGGCCUUCAGCUGGCUGUGCCGCACCAACGCCUCGCUGGAGUGGCUGCGGGGGACAGUGGUGAUGGGGACCGGAGGGCUGCGGGCACUGCAUGGGGCCAUGGCCCACAUGGACAGGGCGCUGCAGGGAAUCACCCAGCACCAGCGCGACCUCAACCCCCCCGGGGCCCCCAUCCUGCGCCGCCUCGACAGCACCCGCCUAAAGGUGCGGGGCCUCCUCAGCAACCUGGAGGGCGUCCUCCACGCCCACGGCAUCGUCCCCACCAUCCCCACCCUGCCCCGGCUGCCGGCGGCCACCAGAGUCUUCCAGCAGAAGGUGGAGGGGUGCCGGAUCCUCUGGAGCUACGCACGCUUCACGGAGCAGCUCAGCGCCCAGCUGGAGGAGCGAGGGCUGCGGGCGCGCCGGGAGGAGCAGAGGCAGCAGCGGCGAGGCCGGCGGCGAGGCCGGCGGCCAGCAAGGUCCUAGGGAGCCCCUGCCACCCCCACUGCUGUCACCCUAGCUGUCCCCAGCACCCUGGGGCUUGUGGUUGGAUGUGGAGAGCCUGGUGCGUGGCUGGCACUGGCACAGAUGUCCCCCAGGUGCCACCGUGUGUGGAGGCCAGCACCGGCCAGCGGGGUCACUCUGGGUUGGUGACGUCCCCCGUUGCCAGCCCUGCCUGAUUUUCCAGUGAUUCAAUGGGUCUGGUGACACGUCCUGACUAAGGGGCCGCUCGCACGGCACCCGCACGCCUGGCGCAGGCAGGGUGCAGCCCCAGACCGACAGUGGCCGCUUGUGCCACCGGCAUGUCACCUGCAUGUCACCCCCUGCCUGGC